AAAAAAAAAAAGAUAGAAAAGAGUGGUUAAUUUUCUACUGAAUAGAAUUUCUUCCUCCUGUGGCGACAAUAAAGCAUGGCAGCCGACGAUUCCCCGGGGCUGAAAUCCCUGGAGGCGUUGAUCGGUGGUUCUCUCCCGGAGAAUCUCUCGAAGCUAUCUUCUACUUGUCUUGCAAUUCCAGCUAAUAAGGAUUUCCAUUUUCUCUGCAAUUUCGAUGAGUUCAAGCUUCGGAUUGAUGAGAUUUCAGGGACCUCGCAGUGUGUUCUUGAGACGAUCGGUGGCUUCUGUGGGAAACCGAUGAGAUAUUCAGGUGAUGAUGCGUAUGACUGGCUUGUUAACCUGAACGAUGAAGUUCUCCAGAGAAUUGAUUUGGAUUUGGAAGACACAAUGAAGAAGGAAACUGAUCCGGUACAUGGAAAGGCAAAGGUUUCGUUUCAUAUAGCAACUAUAAAGAAGCCUCAGGAGGAGUAUAAGAUUUUGGUGAACAACGCAAAUGUACCGUUUGAGCAUGUUUGGUUGGAGAAGAAGGAGAACAAUCUAGGCUUUAUUCAUCCACUGGAGAAACUUUCAGUGAUGGACUUUGUUGAUAAAGAUAUAUCAGAGAUGAAACCUGUUGAACCCCUCUCUUUGGAAGGAAUUCCAUUCACGCUUGUUGAAGAAAUCAAUGAUCUGAAGGAUUUAGCUGCGAAGUUGUCUAGUGUUGAUGAGUUUGCUGUUGAUCUGGAGCAUAAUCAGUAUAGGUCUUUUCAAGGAUUAACAUGCUUGAUGCAAAUAUCUACCAGAACGGAGGAUUAUAUAGUCGAUACAUUCAAGCUUUGGGAUCACAUUGGUACAUAUCUCAGGGAUAUUUUCAAAGACCCUAAAAAGAAAAAGGUUAUGCAUGGAGCAGAUCGAGAUAUUAUUUGGCUUCAACGUGACUUCGGCAUAUAUGUUUGCAAUCUCUUUGACACAGGACAGGCCUCAAGGGUGCUAAAGCUGGAGAGAAAGAGUCUUGAAUUUCUUCUGAAACAUUAUUGUGGAGUUGCUGCAAAUAAACAGUGGGUCAUAAUUCAGCCUUUGUUAACCUUUCUUCUUAAGCACACUCUCACUCUUCGUUCAACGUCUAUUAUCCUAAUUGCCUGCAGAUACCAAAAUGCAGACUGGAGAAUACGACCCCUUCCAGAUGUAAUGACAAGAUAUGCUAGAGAAGAUACACAUUAUCUUUUGUACAUUUAUGAUGUGAUGCGAGUAGAUUUGCACACAGUAGCAAAAGAAGACGAGAAACCUGACUCCCCUCUGGUAGAGGUUUACAAGCGCAGCUAUGAUGUGUGCAUGCAACUAUAUGAGAAAGAGCUUCUGACUGAGAAUUCAUAUCUUCACAUUAAUGGGGUUCAGGCAGCUAAUUUCAAUGCGGUUCAACUUGCCAUUGUUGCGGGGCUUUGUGAAUGGCGAGAUCGGAUUGCACGAGCAGACGAUGAAAGCACUGGUUAUGUAUUACCAAACAAAACUCUUCUUGAAAUAGCGAAAGAGAUGCCAAUUAAUGUGGGAAAGUUGCGACGGUUGUUAAAGUCAAAGCUUCCUUACAUCGAGCGUAAUGUUGACGCGGUGAUCAGUGUCAUCAGGCGAUCAAUGCAAAAUGCAGCGGCGUUCGAGCCAGUUGUUCAAUCCUUAAAAACAUGGCAUCCUGGAACGGUCUUUGAGAAUAAUAUUGAAAGCACCGUUGAGGAAACAUGCACAGAAGCUGUUGUAGCUUCUUCUCUGAGUUCAAAGAAGUUUUUGCAGGUUGAAAAUGACAUCGGGGGCGUCAGGACCACAGUCUUGUAUGGUUCAGGAAAGUGUGGAUGUUUCGGAGGAACAAAGCGGUGGUUUUGGAGCUUUGCCUUCAAAGAGGAAGUUUGGAAGUGAGAACAAGGUGAUAACUAAUGCUUACAUAGAGAUUAAGAAAAAGCUUGGAUCAAUCGGUUAUUACCCCAAUCUAUUGAGAAUAUGCAGGCAAAUGAAGAGGUCAAAGUGUCCAAGUCAAAGCCAGCAUGUGUCUCUAAGCCAGAUGAGGUAAUUAUUCUGUCGGAUGACAGUGAUGAGUAUGCGGCAGAUAGUGUUUCAGAAACGCCUUUUAAGGGACCGGAUGUGAAGACAUUUGGUCCGGAUAUUAUCGUGUUAGAUGAUGAUGACUCAGAUGAUGAUGACUCGGAUGAUGACUCAGAAACUGGAGAUGGUAGGGAAAGGGAAGUUGAAAGGAUGAAUAUGAUAAGUGAACAGCAGGGGAAAUUCAUGAGUUUGAAACCGGGCUUUCUCAACAUUUAGCUGUUUGAUUAGCUUUUGUAGUACAGUGUUUCAAUGAAUUUCUGUCCCUUAUUUUGUAUUUCUCGUUUGUAUACAAUGUAUUUUUUGACUUAUAUAUUAAUGUACUUUUAGUGUUCCCAAAA